GAUUUCCUCCGGUUUGCAGCGCGUGACGUCGUGUUUACGUCCACGCGCCGCACCCUAAAGACGGGCUUCUUCCCCACGCUGCUCCGCGUGUCAACUGCGUGUUUCUGAAAGUACUUUAUUCAGGUGACGCCAUGCCUCAGCGAGUGAUGUUCGAGGGGGCGGGGCCAGGCUCCCAGGUACCGGCGCACAUGACCAGGGUUCCCAUCUCGCUCAUCGGCCCCGACGCCGACUACUCGGACAAAACAGUCAAGGUUCGUCUCCAGCGACCCGCAAUGUGCACGGGGAAGGUGGUCCGUAUAGGCCGGCUGGUGUCGUUGGCAUCGGACAACAACCUCCUGAAGACCGUCAUUCAAGAAGAAGACUCACCGCCCAACGCCUCGGCCCAAAACCCAUCGAUCAACGUCGUCCUGUUCGGAGGGCUGGCCAAGGACUUCAAUCAAGCUGUCAAUCAAGGGGACGUGGUCGUGGCCUCGGGCUUCACGGUGGGACGAUCGCCCACGGUUCACAAGGACAAGCUGCACCCCUUCAACCUGCUGCUGUCGGGGGACGAGGCCCGGGUCUACGUGUGCCCCCCCCCUCCCCCUCCCCCUCCCCCUGAUCCCAGAUCCCUGCCGGCUGACAAGAGGUGCUCUGCGCUCCACGCUGAGGUUUCCAGGGCAACCAAGGCUCCCAAAUACACGUACAGCGGACUGGACGCGCUGAAGGCCGGCUCGGUGGUCAACGCCUACGGCGUGGUGGUCUUCUUCAAGCAGCCGUUCAAGAGCCGCGGCACAGACUUAUGCUCCACCCUGAAGAUCACCGAUCAGUCCAACCAGAGGAUCGCCUGCUCCGUCUUUGGCGAGAAGCUGGAGAACCAUCCCAAAGUCUUUCAAGUCGGAGACAUCGUCCGCCUGCACAGAUUUAAGGUCCAGUUCUUCAACAGCUCCAUGACGCUGGUCAACACCUUCGGUUUCUCCGUGCUGGCGUUCGACGGGGCGGAGGGCGGAUCCAUGGAGCCGCGCACCUCCAGCCGCUCCUUCCACCUGGACCAGGAGGACCGUCGGACCGUGGAGGAGCUCAGGUCCUGGGCCGCGGGCCAGGCCCUCCUCCCCCCGACUCCCACGACCCCUCUGUCUGCCGCUCAGCCCAAAGCUUACUUCGACCUGACCUGCCAGCUGCUGGCCAAAGCUCCCAUUGACUCCACCUGCACCCUGCUGAGGGUGUGGGACGGGACCAGGUGCGCUCACACUCUGCUGAAGGUGACCGUGGAGCCGGACGCCACGGAGGGGCCGUCCUCCUUCUCCGAAGCCCGAGAGCGCCUCAUCGCCAACAUCCUGGUGUACGACAACCACGUGGAGCUGGCCGGGCAGCUCAAGCCGGGUGACUUCCUGAGGAUCUACAACCUGCGAGCGAUCCCCGGAUCCAGCAAGGUCCCGGGCCACGCCAGCAGCCACCAGCAGGAGGAGGAGGAGGUGGACCACCUGGCCUUCCACCUGCACGGGGGGACGGCCUACGGCAGGGGGAUCCGGGUCCUUCCAGAAAACAGCCCCGACGUGCAGGAGAUGAAGCGAGUGAUGGAGGCCGUCCCGGACGAGGACGACUUCUCCGAGCUGAACGACUCCCAGCUGCUGGAGGUCUGGAGCACUCCUCCAGAGUCUGCAGAGGCGGAGCCAAUGGAGUGCAGCGCAGAAAGAAGCUGUGGUCACGACACGCGGACGGUGACGCUGUCCGACCUGAAGCGGUCCGAUCCGGGUCUCGUUCACCACGUCAGAGUCCAGCUGAGGUCCUACGAGCCUCACAGACUCCACCAGGCUCUGAAGCUCUACUGCAGCAAGUGCACGUCGAUGGAGGACGUCCCGAACGACGAGCUGGUCGCGCGUCUCUUCUCUGAGGCCUCCGAGGACCCGGCGCCCUGCAGCCCCCCAGCGUGGGCGCUCUCCGGCCGGGUCGCCAUCCCCGGAGAGCGCCCGGCGCCCCCGACGCGAGCUGUGGGCGUCCACCUGUCCACGCGGCUGCUGGGCGAGGACAGACCCAAAGAGCUCCUGUUCCUCUCGGGUUCGACUCUGGAGGAGACGCGUCGACUCGCGGCCGGAUACCAGAACGUGGUCCCUGUGAGGUCAUCGGGAGGUCACAUGGCUCUGCUCGACCUAUCGGCACCUUUCCUGUUCAGAGGCUUGAAGAGAUACUUCGGGUGUAAGCGGUGCUCCGAGGCCGCGGUGAGGGAACCUGUGUGUGCUGAAGGCCUCGAGCCGAUCGAUGAGAAGGUCCUUGCAGAAGCUCUCGGCGUUCAGCUGCUGCAGUUCGUCCUGCUGAUGAAGCUCGAGCUGCAGGACGCCAGCGACAGGCUGGACGUCUUCCUGUGGAGAGACGCCGAGUCGUUCUUCGGCGUGUCGGCCGAGGACGCAGCGGCCAAUCAGGAGGCUCAGAACAGCAUCCGUCAAACGAUGGCCUCCCUCUGUCCAGCAGGGGGCAGCACAGACCUUGUGUCAGGUGGGCGUCCCUGGAUGGAUUUGUGUCUGACGGCGUACCGAACAGAGGACGAAGCGGGUCGGAAUCAAACCUGCUACCAGAUCUGCCACAGCAUCAUCACCAAACCCGCCUCCACGCACUCCAACGCCAACCCCGCCUGACCCACCCGAAGAGGUCAAAGGUCACCAGUUGAGUCCUUCAAGAAGGAGAAAAAAAACGUUUCUAAACAUUUACACCUUUGGCCUUUUUUUGUGGAUUUUAUUUUCUAUUUAUUGCAUAAAGCAGAAAUAAAUGUACAUAAACAGUUGCUGCAAAAAAAAAAGACAAACUGCUGACAUGUUUCAAUAAAGUAAUUUACUUUUUA